AUGCAUCUCCGGCUUCGAGACGUCCCUCCGCCUCCCCCCGUGCGCGUAGAGCAGGGACAAAGGGUGAUUAAAAGUCUGCACGGAGGCCCAGUGCGGUUUCCGUUGCACUUCCUCCAGGGACGGGCUACCGAUUUCGCCCUCAAACGGCUCGAGAGUAGAGGUCAUGGCGAACGGGGCAUCUGGGAAUUCGUCAAUUACUGUCACUCCGAACGGUUUGUCGGCGUCGACAAUCUCCGGGAGUGCCUCGUCGUUGGGCACGUUGAGCACUGCUUUUGA